AGAACCGGCAGCCUGCAGGCGCAGGUCGGAAGCUUCGGCCAUGGGCUGGACCAGAACAUCGCGUCAUGCUAGAUGCUAGCCGGAUGUAGCUUCUGCCAGCAAAAAAUGGUGCUAGCUGCGCAGAUGACUGUGAACAGUCCUCUGAGAAUGCUGCGGUGCUCUCAUCCGGGGAAAACGCUUUAAGUUUUGCAUCCGCUUGGAAGGGACACUCUUUUCCUUCUGAAGCAAAGGUGCUUACGCCACUGACAGGAUCAAAAGGGCCAACUAACGCAAUCGGUGCAACACCUUUUGAGCUGCGUAUUCCUUGACAGACGCUUAUGCACAGAUCUGAGCUCUGCAGCCUGCUUACCGCUAGUCAGGAACCUUCUCUCUUGACAAAGACCUGCAUUACAUGCGAUAGCGACUACCGGCCUUCACGCAGUCUGCUGUAUGCAUUGCAGAACGACACAAACUUGCCUUUUCUGGAACCUUUUGUCUCCUGCUUCUAACAGAGGUAACCAAACUGCCCACAUACUAGUCAGCAUGGCAAGCCUAGCUAACAAGGUGGCGGUGGUCACUGGCGGGUCAGGCACGGUGGGAUCCGGCAUCAUCUACCAGCUGUUGAAAGCGGGCGCCAAGGUCAUUGCUCCUGUCAGGAAUGAAAGGGGAAAGCAGAGCCUUCUGUCCGAGCUAGAGAGCCUUCCGUCCACAGCCAAUCUCGAGACCCCGCUUGCAGACGUGUCAGACGCCAAGAGCGUUGAAGCUUUGGGAAACGAGGUCAAGACGAAGUAUGGCACCGUGGACCAUGUGGUGACGGCGGUUGGGAGUUGGUGGCAAAAAGGGCCCCUUCUGCAGUUUGCGGGACUGCACGACAGCUGUGACGAGAUGCUGACGCAAUACCAGACGUACGUGAUGUCGCACUUCAUCAUGGCCAAGGUUUUCGUCCCUCUCCUUAAAGCGGCGCCCGAGAGCUCCUUCACAUUUAUCACCGGCUCGGGAGGCGAACAGCUGUUCAACGUCGACGCCAGCAUGAUUCGAGCGCAGGUGGGCGCGCUUUUCUGCGUCAUCGACUGCAUCCAAGUUGAGUAUGCGGACAAGUCGUAUCCAAGGAUUAACGAGUUUCGCAUCCGAAGCUGGAUCAAGCGCCACGCAGAAGCGACCGGAUCCGGGGGGUAUUCCCACCGAGUUUUGGGACAGUAUUUGUUGGAGAGUUGCGUCGCGUCGAACACGAAGGGGCAGCUGUUGCGCGUGGCGGAUGCGGAGCUGGCCUUUGUGAAUCCGUGAAUACAUAUUGAAAACUGUUCAUUUUUGAAAAUAGACAAAAGCAGAACAUCGGACAGACUGUCAUUCUGUGACUUGAUUCCUGUUUGAACGGCAGCACCUGUUUUGAUAUACAAGCUUCAGUUUCUGGUCUUCUGGCACCGGCCCUUUACACGUUGUCCUCUAGAGCUGACCGAAAGCCAAGGGGUGCCGCCGAUCGAAAGCAUUUAUUUUGACCAAUCUGUAUAGCGACC